GUUGACCUUCACAUUAUAAAUACGGCGCAGAAUUUGAAAACAUACCGUACAGUACUGGUAUAUAAUAUCUGUCAGACUGUAACGUUUAUUUUGUCAAUUGUAUCAGUGCUCCAUGGAUUCUGCAUCACUCAGUGAUCUUAGAGGCUUUUUUGAGUCUAAGCUGCAGGUGGUGCAAACUCUGCUUGAGCUGCGUGACUUCAGUGAGGAUGAUACAUGCACACAGGAGAUGCAGGUUGUGAAAGAUGAGGUGCGGCAGCUGACAACUACACUGGCUGUCCUGAGACUGGACAUUGAGAAACAGGCCACAAACCUGCAACACCUCCAGGGUGUGAAUGAAGACCUGGUUGAUCUGAAGGCGAGACUAGCGUAUAUGACAGAUAACAUUCCGGACAGGCUGCCCAGACCCACACAGUCCAGAAAAGCAGAGUCUCCAGCUAUUCAACGGACAGCUUUAAAACUGGUGACGAAUCAGAUUAAUACAUCAGGAAGUGUAGGGAAUCAGAUGAAGACAAAUAUCUCUAGUAGCAAGUCAGCUCAUUGCAAACAAGUGAAUGUGUACCUUCCGGAGAUUGACUUCCUAACCGUGGAGGAAUUUGAAAGUUGUCCAAAGUACAUGAAGGGUCGGCUAGGCUAUGACCAUGUGAAUAAGUUUGUGGAAGCCAUGAAUGCAGCAUACCAUGCAAAAUACAAACUUCUGAAGCAGAAAAAAUCUACUCUGAAUGACUUUAACAGAAAGCUGUUUGAAACCUACAACUCCCAGAAAAACAAGGACACACAAGAUUGCUACUUCAUUGUUGAUGAGGAUAUUAAGCUGCAUGGAAAGAUGAAGAUAGACAAGACAGCCCAGUCAACGCUAGCCAUCCUGCGACAUUGCGGCCGUGUAAGAGAGGUUCGGGGUGGCAGGCUUGCUAGAUAUGUCUACAUAGACAGAUACUAGUCCAAGAUAUGUGUUCAUAGACUGAUACUAGUUACGUGUAUAUAGACUGAUACUUAUCAAAGAUAUAUGUAUUCAUUGGUGGAUACUUAACCUUGUUUUUAAAGACAGAUAUUAGGAAUGUGUACAUAAACAUAUAUUCAUGUAUCGUACAUGUGUAAACACAUAUACAAAGACAAAUACUAGUGGCAUUUUUGAGUCUGCAUAUUUAAUCAAUUUUAAACCUGAUUAGUUUUGAUUUAUAGCCAAAAUAGUGAUUUCAUACAACAAUGAACGACAUCUUAAACAUUACCCAACAGCCCUGGUUAAAUGUCAGCUUGCAAGACUCUGUGCAAGUCUUGGUUCUGUCACAUCAUCCUUAGUCAUCAAUGUGAUAUCGGUGUUAUAUGAGUAACUGGAAGCACAAGGGUGGAACAAACAAACUUUUGUCUAAUUCGUGUAGUAUUUUCUGUCAAAAAACGGUUAGAAACAAUUAUUAAUCUUAAAUUAUGAGCCUUGCUAAACAUGUGGAAAUUGUCUCUGGCAACAUGUGUACAAAGUGUCAUUUGAACAUCUUGAAUCUGUUUUUGAGUUAAAGUCCUGGUUAAAGAUUUGGCGCAAUGAAGCCGUAAACAGAUGACAAUUUUUCAUCUAUAAAAUACAAGAAUGAAAACCAUGUUUGGUGGAUUUUUUAUUUCAUUUUUAUCAUUUUUUAAUAACAAUUUAAGUGGAAUCUUUAAAAUAAAAUGCCUGUCAAUGUUUGAUGAAAAGCUUGGUUAAAUUCUGUAUCAUUUUUACUUGAGCAAUUCACCACUGGCAAUGCAGUUUAAUGUGUACCGGUAUGUACAAAUAAAACUUUCAUAUAUCAUGUAUGUAACAUGGCAUUUUAAACAAUAUCUGUAUGACAAUUUAUUCUCUUAAAUGAUACAUGAAUAUAUUCUGACACUUCAAACUAGCACAAGUGAUGUAUUGUACACCAGGUAAUCUGAAGUUCAGACACAUAAUCCCAAUAUUCUGUUGGGGCAACCAGAAAAUUCUCAACAGACGACUGUAUAAACUGCAUAUAAUAAACAAACUGGGUCAUUUUACAUAUUUUGUUAAUACUUGAACAACAAGAAGUAGUCGUGAUUUUUUUAACAACUUUGUUACCGGAACAAAAAAACAAAACAAAAACUUUACAUGUUAUUUAAUGAAGAUGUGAAAAGUGAAGAUACUAAAAACAUGUAUGUUUUCUUUCAGGAUAACAAAUUAAAAUAAAUAUAUAAAAUCACA